CAUUUGUGCAUAUGGCAGCUUAUUUUUGCACAUCUAAUGAGGUAUGGCAUAUGAGGUCAAUACCUCCAAACCUGACUUGAAGCUGCUGAAAAAGGCUUAUAGCUUGUCGUCCUCUAAAGAGAAGCAUGACUUUGAGGCCCGAUUUGGGUGCAUCAAGGAUCUAUUGUCAGUGGUACCGGAUUGGAACUUGUUCCGAGCUAUGUUGAAAUUCUAUGUCCCUCAAUAUCAAGCUUUUGAGUUCCCACACUUUGAGUUGGUGCCCACCAUUGAUGAGUAUCAUCACUUCCUGUGGAGUAGUCCUGCAAUGGAUUCUUCUACCGUCACUCCUCAAGCACAACAUAUGAAGUUCACACUAGAAAAAAUUCAAGAAAUGUUGCAAGCUAUGUGGGGGUUUUCAUUUGAAUUCUCACAACCAUUGGUGACAAUUAGAGAUGAUUCUUAUGGGUUCAAUUGGAAUGCGACGUUAAUGGCUUUGGGAAAGAGAUUGAAGGGCAUGACAUCUUCUCAAAGAAUCAACUUUGUGGCAUUGGGAAUUUAUGGCAUGGUGAUCUUCCCUAUCUAUGUCAAGACCAUUGCACCUAUGGUGGUAGCUUUGUUUGAGCAAUUGUUGCACACUUCGGCAUUUAAUCCUGCUUCUAUAAUGGUGGCUGAAACUUUAUGGUCUAUGAGAGAAAUCCGGGCUAAAAGAUCCGACUGCUUCUCGAGUUUCAUCGAGUUGUUCACUACAUGGGCACAUGGUCACUUGAGGGGUCCUUAAUUUGAAGCUUUAUUCAACGUUCCUAUCAAAGAUAGAAAGACGGAGGAUUGGCAUCGAUCACUUCUAGCAACAACUGUUAAUGAUGUCGAAUUUGUUCUCCCGACUUGGAAUGCUACUCAUUAUCUUGCUCCACCCGAAAGACAUCACUCU